AUGAGAGGUGUCUCUUUAAACCAAUCCAAAUAUAUGACCACCUACACAUAUAUUCAAAUCGGUGGUGGACAAGGACAGGCUUUCAUUUAUGAUUUCCAAACCACCAUAACAAAUAAAGGUGUGAGGAGAUUCUACCCAAAGAUUCAAGAAGAUUUUACAUCCGUUGAUCUCUCAAGCAACAAAUUUGAAGGGAAUAUUUCUGAAUUCAUUGGGAACCUAAAGGGACUCCGAUCGCUCAAUGUUUCCAACAACACUCUCAGUGGUUGCAUCCCAUCAUCUUUGGGGAACUUAACACUGCUUGAAUCGUUGGACCUUUCACAAAACAAGCUCUCAGGGGUGAUCCCUCAACAACUAACCCACCUUACUUUCCUGGCCACACUCAAUAUCUCUCACAACAACCUUACAGGUCCCAUACCACAAGGAACCCAACUUACUUCAUUCAACAUUACUUCGUAUGAGGGAAACCCAGGACUGUGUGGUGAUCCAUUGCCAGAGAAAUGUGGAAAUACUGAGGUCCCUCAACUGCCACCUUCCUCUGUAGAAGAAGAUGAUUCAAGCCCUGGAAUUGAAUUUGAUUGGAAAUUUGUUUUGGCAGGAUUUGGAAGUGGGUUGGUAAUCGGAGUGGUACUAGCAGACCUUUUGAUCACAAGGAGGCCGGAUAGGUUUAUUAAGAUUGUUGCAAUGGUCAGACCAAUGAUAAGGACGAAGUAG